AUGAAAGCUGGCACAAGAGAUAUUUUAAUUCGCUUCACUUUAGUUGCGUUGUUUCUAUUAAUUGGCGCUGCAGUUUUUCAAGUCCUUGAAAGUACAACAGAUCCACGCGAACUUGAACUGGCGGAAGACGCCGACAAAGCAACUCUGGAGAAAAUGCGAACAAACUUAAGCGUGAAUAUGUCGAAGGAAGAAUUUGACGAUCUAGUGAACAAGCUUCAUAAAUUUCAAGAAGAUCAUCACCAAAGAGCGUCAAGCUAUGAGUGGACGUUUUAUGCUUCACUUUAUUUCUCGUCGAGUGUUAUAACCACAAUCGGCUAUGGCCACAUGGCUCCUGCCACAUUUGGCGGCCGGUUAUUUUGUGUUUUUUACGCGCUAUUUGGUAUACCUCUCUGUAUGUUGGCGUUGAAAUCAAUAGGAGAGAGAAUCAACGAAUUGAUCGAAAACGGUUUUAUUUUGAUCAGUUCAAAGUACCAGCUCCAACAAGACAAAGGUAUUAAGAUUAAGGUGCUUUUAAGCACUGCUGCCCUGGUCCUAGUCCUUCUCAUGCUCGGUGGACUGCUGUAUUUGUCAGAAGGCUGGAGCUACUUUGACGGAGUUUACUACUGCUUUAUAGCUUUAAGCACUAUUGGGUUUGGGGAUAUGGUACCUAGGAAAGGCCAGGAGCCUUCAUCCGGGAUCCAAACGCUGGAACUUGUCGUCCGGGGCUUCUACAUUGUAUUCGGCCUCGCCCUUGUGUCGAGUCUACUCUCUGCAGUUGUAGCGGCAGCUGAAGUAUUGAACAGAUGGAACGGCUUCAAAAGGACAAAAGGUCUUUGCUGUCACAGAAGGACGGGUGCAAAUAUCACAGAGGAACUGGGUCCAGUAUCUGAUGGCUUGUACACAGUCUCUCGCAACCUGGAUAAUAUUGUGUUCCCAUCAGUCAUUCCUUUCAGACGAUUUGCUUCACAUCAGUCAACACCGCUGAUAAAUGAUCCACGCUGGCUUUACUGAGCUGAAAAUCUUAUCGAUAGUAACCAACCAGGGCGUGACAGUAAGAUCGUGUUUUUCUGUGUGUGAUUUACUGGUGGAAUUUCUAGAUCUAAGAAUGGCGAAGUAAUUUCUUGGCCCAAAGACGUAGAUAGAUGGUAAGAGCAAGCUACCUAGAGUUACGAAUCACUUAUUAUUAUGAACGGAUUAGCCCUGUAAACUUUUAUUUACAGAUUGGUUUGACGAGGCGUUUAACUGUUAAUAUAAAAAAUAGAGUUGGCAGACGCUACAGAAGCGACACUCCGUAGUUUUAUAGAAUGGUUUCAAAAACCACGAACAAAACAAACCGCAAUUUUCGUAGAAACUGUAGACAAUAGCUUAUCAGCUGCUUCAUAAUCUUACUAGGUCGACAGAGUUCCUUUGGUAAUGUGGCUUGUAACAUGUAUAGCGGGAAAUUCAAGAGGAAAUACCUAGCACGUGUAUAUUGUGGUGUUUUUCAGGGGUAAAUUUUUCAUGACAGUCAACUCUCACUCUUUGUAAAUAAGCAUUUUUCUCAUUAGUUAAAUUUUAUUUCAAAUAUUUUUUCUCAAGCGACCAAUGAUCAAAUUUAUUAAACGACCGUGCCCUUUGGGGUGCUCAGAUAUUUUUUUGUCUUCAGCAAGCGACAGGUCAAAAACUGAUCAUAUCAAUUUAUAGAUUUAUAUUUUUGUCUUCAGUAAC